CAGGCGGGCGCUCGCGGCUUCCCUCCUCGCUGGCGCGUGCUCGCUGCCCCUCGCCGCCCGUGGGGAAGUCGGGGCCGCCCGAGCAGCGUCCCCCACCGCGUCUCGCCCGCCCUCCUCGCCUCGGCUGCCGGUCCAGCCGCGAGCAACCCGCGUAGGGCGCCGGGAGAGUCCCCGCGGCGGCGGCUGCCGGCCGAACCAUGUUUCGGAGGAUCCUGCAGAGGACUCCUGGGAGAGUUGGCUCUCAAGGUUCUGAUUUAGAUUCAUCAGCAACUCCUAUAAAUACGGUGGAUGUCAAUAAUGAAAGUUCUUCAGAGGGUUUCAUCUGCCCAUUGUGUAUGAAAAGAUGUGUAACUGCUAUUGACUUGUCGGAACAUUACCAGGAGGUGCACACUGAACAUGAGACAAGAGGACAGGAGCUUCUUAGUGACUCCAGUGUGACUGGUUUUAUAUGUCCCCAGUGUAUGAAGUCUCUUGGCUCUGCUGAUGAACUUUUCAAACACUACCAGGCAGUUCAUGAUGCUGGCAAUGAUUCGGGUCUUGGUGGAGAGGCCAAUCUUGCUUUGACACGAGAUGAUGUAACACUACUCAGACAAGAGGUCCAAGAUCUACAGGCCUCACUUAAGGAAGAAAAAUGGUACUCAGAAGAAUUAAAGAAAGAAUUAGAAAAAUACCAAGGGCUACAGCAGCAAGAGGCUAAACCUGAUGGAUUGAUGACUGAUUCAUCAGCAGAGUUACAGUCUUUAGAGCAACAAUUAGAAGAAGCCCAGACAGAAAAUUUUAAUAUUAAGCAGAUGAAAGAUCUGUUUGAACAGAAAGCAGCCCAACUUGCUACUGAAAUUGCAGAUAUAAAGUCAAAAUAUGAUGAGGAAAAGAGUCUCCGAGAAGCUGCUGAACAAAAAGUGACAUAUUUGACAGAAGAAUUAAACAAGCAGACAACUGUAAUUCAAGAUCUGAAAACUGAACUGCUUCAGAGACCUGGUAUAGAAGAUGUUGCUGUACUAAAGAAAGAACUGGUCCAAGUUCAAACACUAAUGGAUAAUAUGACUUUGGAACGUGAGAGAGAAUCUGAAAAACUCAAAGAUGAAUGCAAAAAGUUACAAUCAGAGUAUGCUAAUUCAGAGAUGCUUAAAUUUGAGGCUACAAUAAGCCAACUGAGGAGUGAACUUGCCAAAGGACCCCAGGAAAUUGCAGUGUAUGUGCAGGAAAUACAAGACCUUAAAGGUUCAAUUAACGAAUUAACACACAAAAACCAGAACUUGACUGAAAAGUUGCUGAAAAAAGAACUGGACUACACCCACUUAGAGGACAAGCAUAACGAAGAGUCAGUGAGUAGAAAGAAUAUACAGGCAGCCCUCCAUCAAAGGGACCUGGAUUGUCAGCAGCUCCAGGCAAGGUUAGCCGCGUCAGAAGGUUCACUGCAGAGGGUCCAAGCAGAACUCAGUGAGAAGGGAGAGGCUGCUCAGAAGCUCAAAGAAGAGCUGCGGGAAGUGGAGACCAAGCACCAGCACCUCAGAGUGGAGUUCAAGCAGCUGCAGCAGCAGCGUGAAGAGAAGGAGCAGCAUGGGCUACAGCUGCAGGGGGAAGUAAGCCAGUUACAUAGCAAACUUCUGGAGACUGAGCGUCAGCUGGGGGAAGCGCACGGCAGGCUGAAGGAGCAGAGGCAGCUCUCCAGUGAGAAGCUGAUGGAGAAGGAGCAGCAAGUGGCUGACUUACAGCUCAAGCUCUCUCGUUUGGAAGAGCAGUUGAAGGAAAAAGUAACAAAUUCCACUGAAUUGCAACAUCAGUUAGAAAAAUCAAAGCAACAGCAUCAAGAACAGCAAGCUCUUCAGCAAAGCACUACAGCCAAGCUCCGAGAAGCUCAGAAUGAUUUGGAACAAGUGUUACGUCAGAUUGGCGAUAAGGACCAGAAGAUCCAGAACCUUGAAGCCUUACUGCAGAAGAGUAAAGAAAAUAUUUCCUUAUUAGAAAAGGAAAGAGAAGACCUUUAUGCGAAAAUUCAAGCUGGUGAAGGAGAGACUGCUGUUCUUAACCAGUUGCAAGAGAAAAACCAUACACUACAACAGCAACUAACUCAGCUGAUGGAGAAGCUGAAGAAUCAGUCGGAAAGCCAUAAGCAAGCUGAAGAGAAUUUGCACGACCAGGUACAGGAACAGAAGGCACAUCUUCGUGCUGCACAAGACCGUGUUCUGUCCCUGGAAACCAGUGUGACUGAACUAAGCAGUCAGUUAAACGAAAGCAAGGAGAAGGUGUCUCAGCUUGACAUACAGAUUAAAGCCAAAACUGAAUUAUUAUUAUCAGCAGAAGCAGCAAAAACUGCUCAAAGAGCUGAUCUUCAGAAUCAUUUGGACACAGCUCAAAAUGCAUUACAAGAUAAACAACAGGAGUUAAAUAAGAUGAGUGUGCAGCUCGAUCAGGUCACCAGGAAGCUACAGGAGAAGCAGGAGCACUGCGGCCAGCUGGAGAGCCAUCUCAAGGAGCACAAGGAGAAGCAGCUCUCUCUAGAACAAAAAGUGGAAGAUUUAGAAGGUCAAAUGAAGAAACUAGAAGCUGAUGCUCUUGAAGUUAAAGCAGGCAAGGAGCAAGCUUUGCAGAGUCUCCACCAGCAGAGGCAGCUGAGUGCAGACCUACAGCUCAGAACUGAAGAGCUGAGGAAACAGCUUGACGAGGAGAAGGAAGUAGUAUCUCGUACAAAAUUGGAUCUGCAGAAUAAAUCUGAAGCUCUUGAAAAUAUUACACAAACUCUCAGUAAGAAAGAAGAAGAAAAAGUUGUCUUGAAGCAGGAAUUUGAAAAAUUAAGUGAGGAUGCAAAGACACAACACAAGGAGCUGAGUGACAGGCUCCAAGCGGCAGCCACAGACCUGAGAGCAGCGACAGCACAGAAGGAGGCCUUGAUGGCGGAGCUGUCUACAACAAAAGAUAAACUGUCACAAGUUUCUGCUUCUUUAAAAAACUCCAAAAGUGAUUUUGAGAAGGAGAAUCAGAAAGGAAAAGCUGCUAUAUUAGAUUUGGAAAAAACUUGUAAAGAAUUAAAGCAUCAGCUUCAAGUACAGACAGAAAGUGCGCUCAAGGAGCAGAAGGAACUGAAAAAGUCACUCGAGAAAGAGAAAGAGACUUCUCAACAGUUGAAGGUAGAACUCAGUUCAGUCAAGGGAGAAGUCGCACAGGCUCAAAAUACAUUAAAACAAAAGGAAAAAGAAGAACAGCAGCUUCAGGGAAGCAUCAAUCAGCUAAAGCAAGCAGCUGAAGAAAAGAGAAAACAAAUUGAAGUACUUAAAGGAGAAGUUAAAAACGCUGUUUCACAAAAGACAGAGCUGGAGACUACAUUGCAGCAGCAGUCAUCACAGGCAGCCCAGGAACGUGCAGCAGAGAGAGAGAAACUGUCAGCGCUGCAGAGCACCUAUGAAAAGUGCCAGGCAAACCUGAAGCAGCUUCAGUCUGAUCUCUACGGCAAAGAGUCUGAACUUCUAGCCACACGGCAAGACCUAAAGUCUGUAGAAGAGAAGCUCUCUCUGGCACAAGAAGACUUGAUUUCAAACAGAAAUCAAAUUGGAAACCAAAAUAAAUCAAUUCAAGAACUGCAGGCUGCCAAAGCUACUUUGGAGCAGGACUCGGCGAAGAAAGAACAGCUAUUAAAGGAGCAGAGUAGAGCACUGCAGGAUGCUCAGAGAGAAAAGUCGGUGAAGGAAAAAGAACUAGCAAAUGAAAAGUCUAAACUGGCAGAGAUGGAGGAAAUUAAGUGUAGACAAGAAAAAGAAAUUACUAAACUCAGUGAAGAACUCAAGUCUCACAAACAAGAAAGCCUAAAGGAAGUAACAAAUCUCAAGGAUGCCAAACAACUUUUGAUUCAGCAGAAAUUAGAACUUCAAGGCAAAGUGGACUCACUGAAGGCAACUCUUGAGCAGGAGAGGGAAGGUCAGCAGCUGCUGCGAGAGCAGGCGAAGAAGGAGGAAGAGAAGCAGAAGGAGGAGUUUUCUGAGAAGGAGGCGAAGCUGCAUUCUGAAAUAAAAGAAAAGGAAGCAGAAAUGAAGAAACAUGAAGAAAAUGAAGCUAAGCUUACCAUGCAGGUCACAACAUUAAAUGAAAACUUGGGUACUGUGAAAAAGGAGUGGCAGUCUAGUCAACGGAGAGUUAGUGAGCUUGAGAAGCAAACGGAUGAUUUGCGGGGUGAAAUUGCUGUCUUAGAAGCAACGGUUCAAAAUAACCAAGAUGAAAGAAGAGCACUGCUAGAAAGGUGUCUUAAAGGCGAAGGUGAGAUAGAAAAGCUUCAGACCAAAGUACUAGAGCUGCAAAGGAAGCUGGACAACACCACUGCGGCUGUGCAGGAGCUGGGCAGGGAGAACCAGACCCUUCAGAUCAAACAUACGCAAGCCUUGAACAGAAAGUGGGCAGAAGACAAUGAAGUGCAGAACUGUAUGGCCUGUGGAAAAUGCUUUUCAGUCACAGUGAGACGGCAUCAUUGCCGACAGUGUGGAAAUAUCUUCUGUGCAGAGUGUUCAGCCAAAAACGCCUUAACUCCUUCUUCAAAGAAGCCUGUUCGUGUCUGUGAUGCAUGUUUCAAUGAUUUGCAAGGAUAACGGGUUGUCACAACUGCAGAGUAGUAUCACACUAACAUUAGACUUUUAAUAAAUUUGAUUUGGACUCUGGUUGCAUACUAGGCCAAAUUGGAAUUCGUAUAUUUUGGAAUGUUACCAGUAUCAAGUAAAACUCUUCUAUUUUUGUGAGACUUGGGUUCAUCUUUGAUUACUUUUUUCCAUUUAACCCCUAAAAAAACUUUCAUGCCAAGGUCAGAAUUAGCCAAUGAAAUGUAAAUAAUCUUUGGACAGAAAAUAGCAAUGUAUUUUUUUAAAUAUAAUUUAAUUAUUCACAAAUGAUGAAUAUAAUUCUUUAGCUUCUUUCUCACAAGUUCUAUGUGAAAAUGUAUGGAUGGAUGUUAUCACUUGUUGCGGUUUCUGUUGCACAGUAACAGUGACUGUGUUACGUGUUAUCUUGGUGGAGUCAUGCACAGGAAUGUAACUUUCUGACUUUCUCCUAUAUAAUUCUGUAGCUCAGUUAUGUUGUUAUGUUAUACAGUUCUUACUUGAGUAUUAUAAAUGCAGUCUAUGCUAAAAUCAUGUGUUAAUCAUGAAUUCAAGCAUGGUUUUUGUUUGGGCAGUAUCAAUUAAAUUCUAAAGUAGAGUUGAUGAACUCUUACAUAAAAUUAAGGGUUUACUUUAUGGUACUUUGAGAUUGUAUUUAUAAAAGUAGAGUUAAUUUGUUUUUCUCUAUCAUAUUUCAGACACUCACAUACUGUUCCCCUUAAAAAUUAUAUGAAACUUCUCACCCUAAGCUGGAGGGUGAGUAACAGAACUGUGUGGUGGCCUGGUCUUGUUUUUUGGCUGGUAGAAAAUCUUCUGCAAUUAGCUCACACUAUAGCCUUACUUUGUCCUUCCAUCAUCUUAAGGAAGUUUGCUUUCUAAAUGAAUCUUCUGUCCCUUAUCUGGCUCAUUCUUUGUAAACAUAGCUCAGCUUCACUGUAAUUGUGCUUGCAGCUUAGUCAUUUUAAAGCUAGGAACUGAUACUGCUAUUGUCCUAUCUGUGAAGACAAUAUAAAAUGGUAAGAAAAUAAUAAAAUUCUACUUCAUAAUUUCUCUAACCUAGUAAGAAAGAAUGCUUUGAAAGUUUGAAAGUUGACUUCAUGUUUCUGAUGAGGGGUCCAUGUUAACUGGGAAAUCUUUUAACUUUGCAAAAAUAGUGCUAUGAAAUUACAUAACAGCUAAAAAAAAAUAGAGUGGUGUAGCUCCCCCAAAAUAUACUUAGGAACUCCUAAAUUAUGAUAAAAAUGGAAACAUGGCUGCUAGAUCCCUUCAGGGUCAUUUGUCUGCCAAGUGAUAGGACUGAGCGUUAAGUUCCCACAGUCCUGUAAGCUGCGAAUUAGGAAAGCAUCUGAAGAUUGAGCUUGCUGUAUAUUAGUUUUUAACUGUCUCUGAAGAAAAGUAUACAGUUACACAUUGAAUCAUUGCAGUAAUUUAAUAAUAAUAGCAGAGAAAUAAGAGCGCAUAUUUCAUUUUCAAGAAAGAAUUUACAACACACUUGCUGUCAGAAUUAUGCUGUAGUCUUUAUGUUUACGACAUACUUAAAACAUACACAAACAAGAGACUGACAUGUAUUUUUUAAUUAUUAAGCAAAAUUAAACCCUGCUGUCAGUAAUUACUAAGGACACUGAUUAAGUUCCAGGACUUGGAUAAAUAUUUAUCCUUGAGCUUAUAUGAAUGAAGUGAUAUAAUGGCUCUAUAUUAAAAAUAAUAGUUGGGUACUAUAAACUGAGCUAUUCAAGCAUUUUCUAUCAUUGUGAAUCCUUUCCAGUAGUCCUAAUUCUACACUUUUUGGUUUUGCAUAUAAAUACUGUGAAGGAUGUUAGAAAAAUGCAGGUAUUCACAGCACCACGUCAUGACCAUUUGGGUUAAAAUGCUUGUUCAUUUCAUCCUUCAAUUGAAGACACUGAACACAGUCCCUUUGUUCACCUCCACUCUGCAAAAAAUAGGGGGUGGCAACAAACAAAACCAUAUGUUUUUAGGUAGUUUUCUUGUUCUCCCCAACUAAUCCUAUGUCAUAGGUUCCAAUAAUUUCCCUCCCACAUGCGAUUAUACUGCUGACACAAAGGAAGCCAAACCGUUUUUACUUCGUAAAUAUUACCACUCUAGUGUGUAUUGGAAACAAAAUUUAAGAUGCUUUUGUAGUUCAAUUAAAAAGCCCUCUUCUGAGUUCUUUUCGGCUGUACAUUUUAGACGUUUGCUAGAAGUGGUGUGCUGUCCGUGGGUUAGAGCUGGCACAUACAGAGUUCCAAAUAUACUGGCAUCAGGUGUUGGCAAGCUGCAAACCCCGGCACAGAAAUGUGAGUUAAAAUCAAGUUGUACUGGGUUUGUGAACAGUAAACUAUGUACAGAAUUGUAAUACACAGCAGGCAAAGCUGCUGAUAUAGGACUUACUCCUUCUGAGGAAAGAAAAGAAGGAAACAAAACACAAAAACCUCAGUGCAGUGUACAAAUAAACAUUUUGUUCAACUACCUCUUAAAGUGGAAUUUAACUAGUUUAAUAGUUACCUUAUUGUAAUAUUAAAUAGCAACUGCCAAAUUUAUGUUCCCAUCCCUCUUAAAAAGUCUUUAUGAUUAUUUUAUAUAGUUUUGAGGUCUUUAUGGCUACUUUUUUACUCUUGCAUUUGCAUAAGAUGUUUAGCCUCUAAGUGGAAGGCAAAUGACAGUCGUAUAUUUUGAUAUUUGUGACCUGUUUAACUAUAGCAGUUUUUUUUUUUUUAAUGCACUUUGGCUAUAAAAACCAUGGAGAACUUGAUCUAUAAGAUUUAAAUGUGCCAUCAAUUUAGUACUCCUAGAUAUAAGCUUGAUGAAUGAUCUUCUGAUUAUAAUGUGCCACAUAUUGCCAUGUCUUAAUUGCCCUUUGCCUGAAUUUUAAUGAUCAAGUUGUUAUUGUUGCACAUGUGAAUACUGUGUUUAAAAUUCCUGCAUUUAUGUAACAUUGUAUAAAAUAGAAUUGAGAAACCACUUGUGUUCUUUCUGUAAGAAGUAAUGAACUUACUGUAACAUGGUCCAGCCACAAGUCUGACAUUCUAUGCUUCUCUGAAUUGGAUCAUAUAUCCAUAGCCUCUGUACAGAAUUUUGCAUGAACAUUUUCUCCUUUAGUUUUUGGGUUCAUUAUUUAUAUUGUGUUUACUACUUGUGAUCAUGUAUUUGUGCCUUAUUUUGUGAAAGAGUUUAGCUCAGUAAAUACUGUAAUUUCUAGUCCCAGUGAUUAGAAAGUUACUGAUUAUAAAUAUAACUGAUAAAUACAAGACAGCAUAUAAAUCUGUAUAAGGAACAAUGGAAGGAUCCUUAUUGAAUUGCCACUUCUGUUUUUUUUUUUUAAAUGUUAAAGAUGAUAUUAAAGACCAUUUCUUUCUAGUAGA